AUGAUUCUUCAGAAUAUGAUACAAGGAUACAUAUGUAUAAAGGCUCAAACAAAGGAUGGUUUCUUGUUAGGGCUUCAACGCGUGUCAUCAGGCAUUCUAAAUUUGGGAGCACAAACCGCACCUCCAGUUUUACUCCUACAUGGACUCUUUAUGGGUGGUGAUGCUUGGUUUAUGGAUUCGCCAAAUGAAUCAUUGGGUUUUAUCCUUGCGGACCGUGGUUUUGAUGUUUGGGUUGGAAAUAUCCGUGGAACAAAAUGGAGCCAUGCCCAUGAAUCUUUAUCAAAUAGAGACAAGGCACUUGGGUUACUUGGAAUGCAUCAACUGAACUUGAAGAGUACCCUUUACCCAUCUUCCCUUCACCGACUCACCGACUCUUUAAGUUCUAGAUUCCUUCAUCGCCCACUUCUCCUCUAUAACCUAUUUCUAUUUGAAGUAGAGGGUUUCGAUUCAACAACCAUUCCUUUCGAUUUUCUCCAAACCCACAUCAUACCUAGCUACCGACUGAUCAACAUCAACAUUACCCACCGCCGCUUUGGAUUAGGGUAUGCUUGCUUACGUUUCUAUCUAACACGAACAGUUGCCGGAUCGGGUAUUGUUCAUCGGACCGGCCAACUCAAAUACUUCUCAUCCAUUAUAUCCUUCUUCUACCAACUACGACCUUCCAGUUUCUUCCUUCCACCGAUCCUCCUCCAAACCUUCUCCUCUCAUUAUUUUGAAAGAAAUCGACACAGAGGCCAUAAAUCGAACCCACAUGGGUUCUUGAUUCCUCUAUGA